AUGGAGAAUCCUGUGCCACCACAAGGCAACCCUCCAGUUCAGACCCCUACAGCAACACCAUGCGUUGUUCCUCCACCAGUUGUCAAACCUCCAGUCAUUGAAAUAGAUUACCAAAAUGAUGUAUUCUUCAACCCAAGACUCAGUUCCAUAUACGAUGCUUUUGGCCCACCAACUGCUGAGGUGGAGAAGAAAGUAUGUGCCAUCGAGGAGAAGUUAAAGGGCAUGGAGGGAUCCAAUGCUAUAGGUUUGGAUGUUGCUGAGAUGUGUUUAGUGCCUAGCAUAAUAAUACCAUCCAAAUUCAAAGUACCCGACUUUAAGAAAUAUAAGGGAGAAAGUGACCCGAGAACGCACAUCAAAGCCUACUGCCAGAAAAUGGAUGCCUAUUCAGAUGAUGGUAGAUUGCUCAUGCAUUUCUUUCAAGAUAGUUUGAGUGGGGCCUCACUAGAGUGGUACAUGCAAUUGGAAGGUACCCACAUCCGCUCAUGGAAAGAUAUGACCGAGGAUCUAUUGAAACACUUUAAAUAUAACCGAGAUAUGGCUCCCAAUCACACCCAACUUCAAAACCUUACUCAAAACUCCGAGGAGACUUUAAAAGAGUAUGCACAAUGUUGGAGAGAGUUGGCGGCGAGGGUGCAACCUCCUUUAUUGGAGCGAGAGUUGGUAGAUAUGUUCAUGGGUAGCCUCUAA